UGUCAUUCUCGUUAAAUCGCAGAAUCUUGACCACACCAGCCAGUGCAUUGGAACCUUCACAGCUAACCGUGAGCAUAGUAUAUUGUCCAAAGGCGGAAUGAGGAGGUGUCUGAUGCAGCUUGACAUUUCGAUUCCAAAUGUUGUAAGGGCCACAGACAUUGACAGGAGCUCCCAUCAGCUCGCCAGUAUCCACCACAUGGACCUUCACGUUUUCCUUGUGUCGAAUGGCAACGGCUUUGCCAUCGGGAGAAAGAGAGAUCCGAUGGGUUACAGGCUUGUCAGUAGUGGCAGGUAUCACCUGGAUUCUCUUCCAAGCUUUGUCUGUGGUAAUGUCUUCAAUAUUGGACUUGAUCUUUGUUCGUUCGUAGAUUGUCACAGUUUCAUCUUGUCCCACUGCCAAUCGUUCUCCGUCGUGUGACAAUUCCACCUUGCGUCCAAAAUUGAUUCCCUUGCUACUUCCCAGAAGAGUUUGACUGAGUGCUCUGGCACCAUUGGGAGGGGUCAUCGUUGCAGAGGCAUUCGUAAUCAUCAAAAUCGUGAUUACCAAGAUUGCUGGGAAGGAAGGAAGCCCGGUCUUCAUUGUCAAAGGAGACUGAUAAUCAAACUGGAAGUAAAUGCGUCGUAAGGAGUCAAGUUUGAAAAAAUGAGACCAGAUGUUGAAUGAAUGAGACGAGAUGCUUCAUUCAAGGAGAAGAAACAACGGCCCCAAUGCACAUCCGUUUCUUUUCGGCCGUCGUUUCUUCCGUCGAGGAAUUUCAUGUUGGAAGGGUUCUCGCUUGGAGGUUUGAAUCCAUCGCGUUUCUCCGUCGUCUCGUUGGGUGCCAUGGAGAAGAGUCUUUAGUGGGCCAUGGCUUUGUUUGUUCGGCCCCAGAGCCAUCAUCCUUGUUGUCUCUCUCGCCUCUCGCCUGCUAGGCCCUGGCUAGGUCUCGCCGUCUCGCCAUUGUGGUUUCGUUUGGUGCGGUUGUUGACUUUUCCGGUUCAGGUCGCACAGUGGAUCGUAUCUUUUCAAAGAUCCAACGGCUUUCUCACUCACUUUCUCACCGAAUUCACCACAUUUCCAACCUCGACAUCCUCUAGUAAUCUCAAGCACCAUGCUACCCUCCAAGUUCUUUGAUCCACCCAGUGCCAACAACACCACCAAUGCUGGAAGGCCACAACGAUGCGCUCCUCCACCGCUUGGAAUGACGGGUGUCAUGUGCAAGAUUGGCUCAUUGGAUAUUCCCAAUCGAGGCACCAUUCAAUACCGGAUCUUUCGACCACGUCAAUUGCAGCAAAAGCCGCCUCUGGUGGUGCUCCAUGGAGGGCCUUUGAUACCUUGCAAUUACUUGUUGCCUCUGGCAUAUGUCGUGGUGGACCGAAGCAUUGUGGUGUACGAUCAGUUGGGUUGCGGUCAGUCGAAAACCGUGGUCAAACCGUCCGCGCUCACGCGAACCAAUCCAGAGACGGGCGAAGAAGAGACGUCCCGGCUGGAUGUCGACGGCAUGGUGCGAGAUUUGGAUCUCUUGAUCAAACACUGGAAGUUUGAUAAAUACCAUUUGUUGGGGCAUUCCUUUGGAGGAAUCUUGCUCUUUGAAUACCUCAAGUAUUGCCGCGACACAAAUUCUUUGGAAGAACUACAAAAAUGUCAAUCUGCCGUCUUGGCCAGUGUUCCAACUUCCACAGCCAUUGUCGAACAAGAAGUCCAACGACUGUGUCGAGAAUUGACUGGAAAUGACGAAGAAGAGGACGAUUCGGAUGAUGACGGAGUUACCACACUCUCCAAAAAGGUCCCCAAGGCAUUUCGUGAACAGCACGAGUGCAGAUUGGUACCAAUGCCAUUUCCCCUUAUGGAUUCCUACAGUCAAGCAGGGCCGCCGAGACUGAGAGGAUUGCAAUCGAUUGGGGAUUACAAGGCAUCCUUAGUAGUCGUGUCUGUAGAUUCCAAGAACACAGCCUCAGAAGGAGCGCAAGAAGAAGAAGAACCCAUUCCCGAAAAACUGCAACAACCAGCGUUGAUUCUAAGAGGACAACAUGACUUUGUCACGGAAACAUGUGUCGAGGGAUGGGAUGGAUUAUUCGACCGAGUUCAACACAUGACUCUUGCUGGCUGUUCUCACUAUGGAAUGCUAGAGAAUGAAAUCCUCUACGGCAGCGUACUAUCGUCGUUUCUGGGAGACGCUGACCAGCUCUCAUAAAUGCUAGCUAAGUGAUGUUACAAAAAAAGGAAGGUUGCCAUAGACUACCGUAGCUACCACUGGUAGUAAGCAGAUUAGCAUGAUCCUAUUGUACGACCCAAACAAGUACCUGGGAAGCCGCGGUGAAACCAUUCAAUUUCAAACCUAAUCCAAGAAAGCCUUCCUCUAGCUAGUGCUUGGUUGAAGCGAUUGCAGGGACUGAAACGAGCAACAGUUACUAGUUUUCGCCCUUGCAGAUUGAUUGGUCUGGCCAUGACUUUGAUUGCUCGUCACAGCCACGCGCACGAAGGAUUUGAGUGCAGGGGCCCCUUCGUUGGAUACCGGUAUAUGGGUGAGCCCUUGUGAGCCCAACUCAAGUGGUUACCGAGUUGCUACUCGAGUCUUUUGCAGCGGGGAGAAUGAUAGUCAAGCUUCGUCUUGGAAUGUGUGAAUCCCUUGGCUCCAGCCGUAUUGAAUUGCAACAACUC